AUGUGGCCAUUCACCACCAAGUAUCCCGAGAAGACGCUUCAAGAUGCUGUGGUCGCAGGCGAGUACGACUACAUUAUCGUUGGCGGCGGCACGGCGGGAUGUGUCGUCGCCUCCCGCCUGAGCGAAGACGCGAAUGUCAAGGUGCUCGUCAUCGAGAAGGGCUUCGUCAAUGACAGCCUCGCCACCCGGGUCCCUCUAACAUCUUGUACGUUCGAUGCUGUGCCGGGUAACGUGGCUCGACAGACUGAGCCAAACGAGGUGUGCGAGGGCAAGAGACUGUCGCUGGUACACUCUGAAUCUCUGGGCGGAUGCUCGCGAAUCAACGGGAUGCUCUAUACCCGGGGGCUGCCGGCCAUCUAUGACGAGUGGGCUUCCAUCACGGGCUUUGAGGAAUGGAACUGGAGAGGCGUCGAGCCCUACUUUGAACGACUGGAGAGCAAGCUCGAGCAAACGCCCGGGCGCGCCUCUGUCCAAGUGGUCCAGCACCCUCCCAUGUUUGGGCUGUACAAGUUCCUGGAAGAUGCGUCUUCGUCCAUGGGCUUGCCUGUCGUGAACCAGCCCAACCAGCCCAACGCCCCAGCCGCGGGCUACAGUUAUCUCGACUAUACCAUCGACUCCGAGGGCAACAGGCACUCUGCUCUGCGCUCAUUUCUGCCCACGGACCUGGCCAUUGAGCGCCAGGGCCGGCUCACGAUAUGCACUGGCGUUAUCGCCACAAGCCUGGAGCUGGACGUUGCCGACGGCCGCGUCAAGGGUGUCCACGUGAAGCCGGUCGGGCGCGAGGAGCCCGAGUUUCUGGCUGCGCGUCGUGAAGUCAUCCUCUGUGGCGGCGCCAUCCUCACGCCGCAGCUCCUCCAGCUCAGCGGAGUCGGCCCUGCGUCCGUCCUGGAGAGGGUCGGCCUCGAGGUGAAGCGCGACCUGCCGGCGGUGGGUGUCGGCUUCAACGAUCACUACGGUAUCCCCAUCUGCCUCGAGCUGCCCUUUGACCAGACCUACCACUUCAUGGAGAGGAACAUCCUCCAGGGCAUCUACCAGUUUGUCCGUUUCUGCGUCUGGGGCACGGGGUUCCUGAGAUCCCCGGCGACGCAGGCCGCCAUCAAUUUCAAGUCGUCUUGCGUGGAUGCCAAGUCGUCCGAGAUUGUCUUGGGAGCCGAUGAGCUCGACGGCACAAAGCUUGCCAACCUCCCGGAUGUUGAGGUCAUGAUCGUGCCGGCCAAUACGGUACCAGGUUCCAAUGUAGGGAAAUCACUGGCCACACUCUUCACAUGUCUCCUACGACCCAAAUCAGAGGGUAAGAUACAGGUCUGGACAACGGACCCAGAGGCAGACCCGGAGAUUCACACAGACGUCCUGACAGACCAGGAGGACGUCGCUGUAGCACGAAAAGCUCUACGGUUCUCCAUGGCUCUGGCUGAGCGUUUGUCUCGGACUGCGGCGGAUGCCUUUCCCUCAAGGAUCUUCUUGGCUCCGAAGAACGACACGGACGAUGAGCUGGACGAGUUUGCGCGAGUCCACAUCCGGGCCAUCUUGCACCACUCCUCCUCGUGUCGGAUGGGAAGGGAAGACAAGGGCGGUGUCGUGGAUGGGAACCUGCGCGUUCAUGGCUUCUCCAAUUUGCGGGUGGCAGAUGCCAGCGUCUUUCCUACGAUUCCAGCCACGCACACAAUGGCACCUACGUACAUGGUAGCGGAGAGAUGCGCAGAUCUCAUCCGGAAGACGUGGGCAGAUUGA